AAAGAUUCUGUGAAACACUUCCACAUUGAACACACAGGAACUUCAUUCAAAUUCGGAUUUAAUGAAUUUUCUAGCUUGAAAGAAUUAGUCAUGCAUUUUGCAAAUCAGCCUUUAAUUGGAAGUGAAACAGGAACCUUAAUUGUACUGAAGCACCCCUACCCACGGGAAGUGGAAGAACCUUCCAUUUAUGAGUCUGUCCGAGUUCACACGGCAAUGCAGACGGGAAGGACAGAAAGCGAUCUUGUUCCAAAUGCUCCCUCACUUGGCACAAAAGAAGGGUAUUUGAUAAAACAAGGCAAAAUAGUCAAGAAUUGGAAGACAAGGUGGUUUACACUGCAUAGGAAUGAACUUAAGUAUUUCAAAGACCAGACAGCCACAGAACCGAUUCGGGCACUUGACUUAACUGAAUGCUCAGCCGUGCAGUUUGACUAUUCCCAGGAAAGAGUCAAUUGUUUCUGUUUAGUGUUCCCCCUAAGGACAUACUACCUGUGCGCCAAAACUGGAAUUGAAGCUGACGAGUGGAUUAAAAUACUGCGAUGGAAACUGUCACAGAUACGGAAGCAACUGGAGCAGCAUAACACCACCCUCAGUGCCUAG